AUGCGACCUUUGAAAUGUCUAUUAUCUUCUAACAUAUCCAUCCUCCCACUCCUCCUAUUGUCUUUCAUUUGCCUCGUCACCUCUCAACUCGAUUGUGAUAUAUUGGACCCGGAGUGUCGUGCUAAGUACAGAAACGGUGUCCGACACACAGAUGCUCGUAGAAAACUGAAUCAUAAGUGCAAUUAUCAGGAUAUUUGGUUGGUGCCGGGAAGAGCGGAUGCUAGUUGUACCCGUCCCGGUGCCAAACGUGUCCUCGACAUCAACCCGAAUCAAGUGCACAUCAAACCAGACGUCGUCCGGUUCCCCGGCUGCUUUACCCUCGAAAUCAAGAAUGUGAAAGUGAAAGAUCUCCCAGAAGCCCUAGACAACAGUUUCUUCGCGAAGGCAGAGUAUCAGUGGUGGAAUGUCAAAGAUUUUUCGAAUAUGAAAUGCCAGAAUGCGAGUAAUAACGGGUGUGGAGGGUAUGGUAACAAUUGUUUCUUUUGUGACGUCUGUGAGUCGUUGACGAAUUUGGAGCAGGAAGAGGCGGACCAAUCGAAUACGUUGGCAGGGCAGUUGAAAGGAAUUAAUUGUCCACAGAAGCCAGGAUUUUACACUUUUAGGAAGGAAUUCUGUUUCAACGACUGGAGCGCGUUCGACGCGGACGGCGACUGCGAGAUGGACUUCUUGCAGGGUGAUCGUGGGGACUAUAAGAGUGCCUUGGGCAGUUUGCAGCAAGUCGGAUAUGGCUCAGUGAUCGCAAAGAUCCGUCUCGCCUUCAACGCGACGGGCUCAAUUCUUCGAAAACGACAACUAAAAGAGGAACAAAUCGAGGAGACGGUGGCCAAGGAGUUGGAAGAGAGAAGACGUACUUGGGAUGUGAAUAAUGGACAAUUCGAUAAAUUCAGUCAAUGGUAUAUCGAGUAUCGAAAGAAUUUGUGGCAUAAAGACGACUACCUUCCGUGGCUUCUCUACGAAAACGAGAUCUCAUGUCUGAAAUUGACGUUCGACGUUUGCGAGCGACCACCACGACGUAUUAAUUAUGGCGGCCGGAAUCGGUACACUUGUGAGAAUUAG